AUGUCCCCCGUGUUUUCGCCUGUUCCCGUAGCGGAACAAAACGUGGGGCCAGGUGAGUUGGAUGGCUCGGCCCGUUCCAGUACCAGGUUGGUGGCCGAUAUCGAAUCUGAAUCUCCGCGCGACGAUGAUUCACCUAUUGAGCCCACGAUAUCCGAGAAGUCCAAGGAUUAUGUUCCCCAGGUAUCCUUUGAAGAUUUUGCCACCCGGUAUCACCAGAGCCAGCGGAAACAAGCCCAGAGGAAGCGACUAGAACAGCGUUUGCACGCGACAAAGGUAUCCAUCGGGGUUUCUGCGCGCAUCAUUCGGAUCGGAAAUACUGUUCAGCGCGGCCUUGUUGAAGCUCUAAAAUAUGAUGACAAGGCCAAUUUCAUUGCCCUAUAUCAUAUGCUCUAUGAUCUUCAGGAGUCCUGCGUUUCCAACUCCCGCGAGGAUUCUAAUGACUCCCCUGACGACCGUGAACUAUCCCCGGAUUCCAAUCUGGACCAUUCCUCGGAUUUCUUUCAUCAAUUAAGCCCCCAAUCCCGGGUGGACGUACUGGAGAUUUUGCGACUGGUUCGCUCUGACUCACAGUUCUUGGUCGAUCGUCUACGCAGUUUCAACUCAGCCCAGCUAGCUGCAUUUACGGCGCCAGCGACCGCAUUGGAUAGCGGUGACCCGGCCUUUCCUUCUUCCCGCCAUCGGGCUCAGUACUCUUAUAAUCGAUCUGCGUUCAAGGACCAUGCGUUUGCCUUCGAAAGGACAGAUCCGCUAUCCAUCUUGCUUUCUAAUGUUUAUGCCGCGCCGUUGGAGCCCGAGACAUCGGAAGCCCGGUUGCGCGUGGAUGUCUGGUCGUCCGUCUGUGCUCAACUAAUCUCCCAUGGAAGUAAUAGGUUUUAUCCCCUGAUCAGCCAGAUCCUUUCUUCCUGGGCUACUGGCAGCAACUGGAAAGCCCGUCCCAAAUUUGAGCUUUACCUUAUGGAUAUUUUACAAACCGGAGCCUUCCUCUUGGAACACACUGAUACCUCUCCCGAGGCUUUGGAUCCCUUGCGAACGGAUGCCGCAGAGGAAUUCUUUGCUUCUGCCAUUAAUGACCUAUUCCGGGUGCUCGAUGAUCCAGACGGUGGCUUCCCUCGUGCAGUCCUGCAGUUUGCCAAGGCAGUCCUCAGGAAGAUCGAUAACCCUGAUAUUCGCAGCCGCUUCUUGGAGUACCUGUUCCUCCAAUGGUUUUUCCCCAAGUUUCUCUUCGGCGCCUUGACUUACCCUGAGACGCACGGCUUGUUGCUCGAUUUUCAUAUUCGGAAGGAUGCGCGCGACAAGUUACUCAACCAAGUCGGCAUGCGCGCUUAUUCCCAAGUUUUUGCCGUGUUGCGCUCCAUGCAUCAUUUCUCUGUAUUGCGACCCUCUAUCAAGGAGCGGGUGCUCAGCAUGCUUGGUAAACUUGAACGUGUUGACACUCCCAAGACUUCGACAAUUGAACUGUCUUUACUUUCCGCGACCGAUCCAAGCCGGCGCAACUCUUCAUCGGCUUUCCUCUUGCUAUCCGCUACCGACGUGCUCACACUCUUAGACGCUCUUUUCCCGCAAACUUUUACUUCAUUCCAUUCUAGCCCAGCUUCUACCGGUAUCGCGCCCUGGUCUGCAAGUCUUUCACCUACCUAUAAAGCUCGACCGGAGCCGUUUGCUGAACCUGGCUUUUUCCGUCCGAACUAUGAUACAAGUCCGCGACCCUCAUCUCAAAACGCAUCUAUCUUCUCCAUGGAAUCUUCUUCAGUCUCUGUACUAGAGACUAGUCUUGCCCGAACUGCCGCUCGGAUUCGCUUCGAGCUGACCGAUCUGGAUGAACCCAGUGAGCGCGCGAAAUUGGAACAUCCAUCUGACGAGCACUGGACAAGUUUUUCUGUUUCUAAAGAUGGCCAUGGUCUCACCUGGAGUUUACUUCCUGCCUGUGAGCCCGAAUCAUUAAAAACAUCUGCAGUUGAGAGUGAUGAUGAUACCCAGUCUACGAACCUUGGCCUUGAAGAAAACUAUGAGGCGCUCCAGACCGCAAUCGUCCGUCUAGUCAAGGAGAACCACCUUUACGACUCCGAUGAUUACGAUCGGUCUUCAGGAUCUUCACAGCUUGCCCCUUUGUCUUUGAAACAACGCUUCAACCAAGCCAUGGCUUCUACCACAAAUGACUCUGACUUCGUUGGCGCCCAUUAUUGGUGGAAUGCGUCACGCCAACUUCGACAGGGGCGACUAUCUGGCUCCUUGGAUAUUGCAGACGACUCAUGGAUUCUCGGCCCAAUGUACAAUUCUUGCAUUCGCUCCUUGAAAAAAUCACGGGCUGUCGUCGAGCGUUGCGAAACAGACUUUGUUUCCCUUGAUCACAGUUUGCGUCGGCUGCAAACACAGGUCAAGGAUCUCAUGACCACCAUCUCUAAGGUACGAAACAAGAUGUGGUACAUGACCGAUGUCAAGAACUCUAUGAGGUACGAAGAAGCCAGGCAUGUGGCCAUGGCCCUCAAGACAAUGUCUGCGCUAGCAUUGAUUGAUGCCCCUGAAGAGUCAAGAUCUCGCAGUACAGCUCGAUCAUUAGGUGGCUCUCUGUUCCAGAAACCCGAGCUACAAGUGAUGAACAUCAUGAAGGCACCAAGCAGUCAGGGUGGACCUAAGAAACUAUCCGACGAGCAAGUUGAACUGACCCGCAAAUGGCUGUCUCUUAAUGGCAUCGAAAACUUCUGCAAAGGUGAAGAGAGAAUCCAUCGAUUUUGCUAUGAAGUGCAGACUAGUAUCAAUCGUCUCGUCGGUGAGACCAUGGCAGAGACCCCUGUGUUGUGGGCCAGUGAACUCUUUCAGAGGGAACGGGCAAGGUACGAGGGCUACGGCACUCGCUCGUUUCCUGGAUUGUCCAUGCCAACCACACCACGUCCUUCGACAACUACGAGUGAAGAUUCGAUGCAUUAUUCCCAUCUGCAUGGGUCUAAUCUCCCGAUGCCCGACCCAAUGACCAGACUGUCCCAAGAUGUCCCAUCUCUUGGUCGCAAGACUUCCAUCCAGAGCUUAGUAUCUGACAAAUGGCGACCUCAACGAGAUAUGCCGUCCACUGAUGUCAGCUCUAUCGGUGGCUCCCCGGGCCGUGCUGCUUCUACAUCGACUGGGGAUACAUUCAGUACUUUCUGGUCUGGUGCCCAACGCCACCCCAUGUAUGCCACCAGUUCUUCCAGCAUAUACUCAAGGCCCCCCUCCAUGUUCAGCGAGACCGCAACUCGACAGCCUCGUCGGACUGAACGUAAAACACAGGGAAAAACUGCAUUCAUGGACAACUUGCGUCAGACACUCACCAGUCUUCUGCUCAGUGACUUGGGCUCUCCAGUCUGGAGCUGUGGCAGCGAGACCGAUGCUUGGUUCACAAAUAUCCUUGACCAGAAUCGUAUCAGGAAGCAAAUGCAGAGGAGGGCUACCGUGCAGAAAUUCUAUGCUGACUACGAUGAGCGGUCUCAACAUCUUCGUGAGCGCCGACGGUCAGUUGGGGGUCGACGGAGCAGGUCUCUAGAUACUCCCAGUAUGCGCACGCGCGCCACCACUGCCAACCCCGAACCCUCCACUGCCAAUCUGGACUCCUCCCAGGAGGAGGACAACUCUGCAUUCUCAUACAAAUCAGUCUUCCACCGACUGAUUGAGGUAUUCUCGCGACAUGGCAACCCAUUUGUCAAACUUAAUGCACUGCGAGACUUGCGGUCGUUGGUUGUGGCCUCACUAAUAACAUCACAAGACGGAAAUACCACAAAUGUCAACGGCCAGGAAGUAUCCACUGAGGCUGAAAGGGGGCGGAAUAAUGGCCUCCGGCCGCGCCAAAGAACAUCGCGCCACAGCAUCUCGGAGACUCAACUGCCUAAAGUGGCCCAGAUGGAAGCAGGAUUUUCCGUCUCCUCUCCGCCAGAGUCUGUCACCUGUGGCUCACGUCAAUCAGCCUUCUACUCUCCGUCCGAAGAUAAGAUUGUGGCUACCCUCCGUGACCUGAUACUCGAAGUGAAGCCCAAGACGCUUUUCCGGGAUCUUCAAUUCAUCUCAGCAUUUGUCCCUGCAGACCAGCUAAGCAAAAGCGACCGAGGCACAGCCUUCCUGCAAUUUGGUCUUGCAGCACUCAGCCUCAAGGACGAAGUGUGCCAUAGUAUGGUUGAAAUUGCAGACCGCAUCGUCUCUCAGGAGCUUAUGCGGCGUCACCCUCUCCCAGGCGCAGACUUCUACCCACGGCCCGGUCAUGCUAUUGAAGACGCAGCGAGGAUGUGGAUCAUCACAGCUCAAGAAGGUAACCCCGUUGCUCAGCGCGAACUGGCUAUCCUCUACCUUACACAUCCUGAGCUCUUACCUCGCGUCACAUUACCACUUACUCGCCCUCGAGAUACCUUUAAGGCCGAGAUGAUGUAUAUGCGUGGUAAAGAUUCAAAAUCAGAUCCGCAAAGUAUGUGUCUGGCACUGCACUGGAUGCAGUUGUCUGCUAGUGGAGGUGAUGUUCUUGCUCGCAACCGGCUUCGUGAGCGAGAGGAGUUUGAGUCUCUUGCAUGA